AUGUCUAAACCAAAGAAAAUAGGUUCUUACUAUGUUUUAAAAACUAUUGGAAGAGGAUCCUUUGGAAUCGUUACAGCAGUUAAAGAUGAGAAUGGAAAAAUUUUCGUAGUAAAACAGUUAGAUAUGUCAUGUAUGAAUAAUAAAGAAAAAAUGAACGUUGUUAAUGAAAUAAAGGUAUCAGUUCAUCCUUUUAUUGUUAGAUAUAAAGAAGCAUUUAUUGAAGAUAAUAUUUUAUAUGUUGCUAUGGAUUAUUGCUCAAGAGGAGAUUUAGGCAAAUGUAUAAAAAAAAAUAAAGAAAUGAAAACAUUUAUUCCUGAAAGCAGAAUUAAAAGAUGGCUUUUGCAAAUAGUUACUGCGAUAAAGUUUAUACAUGAUAAAAAAUUAAUACAUAGAGAUUUAAAAUGUAACAACAUAUUUUUAGAUGAGCAGGAAAGAGCUAAAGUAGGAGAUUUUGGCUUAACUAAACUUUUAGAGAAUACUGAACAAACAAAUACGUUAUGUGGAACAAUUGGAUACAUGGCUCCUGAAAUAUGUAAAAAUAUGCCUUAUAGUUUUCCGGCUGAUAUAUGGUCUCUUGGAGUAAUUUUAUAUGAGCUCAUUAGCUUAAAACAACCAUUUAAAUCUCAAAAUGCAAAUAUGUUGUCGGUUGUUCAAAAAAUUUGUGAAGAUGAGCCAUCUCCUUUACCUACAAAUUAUUCUGAAGAUUUGAAAAAUUUAUGUUACUGGAUGUUAAAAAAAAAUUCAGAUGAAAGACCAACUGCAUAUGAUAUUAUUGCAACUGAUUAUUUACAGAAAGAAUUACAUUUAUUAAAAAGUGAAAUAUUAAGUAAGAAUGAAACAAAUUAA